GCAGCGGAAGUGCUCCUCGUAAAUCCGUCCGGCUUGACGCAGCCCUAUGGAGGCUCUCGCUGAUUCCAGGUUAGGCUCCUGUUGGAGUGACGAUCCGCCGCCUCCGUACCUCCGCGACUCCCCGGAAAACAACGCGAACCCGUCCCGCCGCGGCUCUGGACAGAACGACGGACGGCUUUAAAAGUCCCGCCGGAGCGCGGGCGAGACCCGGAGCGCGGACGAACCGGGUCGCACCGGGCUGAUCCGGACCGAACCGAACCGUGUUAAGACGGGUGCGUGUUCCCGUUCGGACUCGCGCACGGUCACAGGUUGCUAGCGGAGUUGACGCUAACGGAGCUAACAGGCAGGAGAGGGCGUCCGGUUUCUGGGGCUGAAACCCACCGGGGGUGACCCUGAACCCCCUGACAGGCAUUUCCAGACUGCCCGGCGGACGGCGCAGCCAUGCCGCGGAGCUCUGCGGGACCUUUAUCGAGCUGGCCGGCCGCUAGCAUCGGCUGACUGCAGCCAACGGCAGACUUGGUGCUUCUUCUUCUUCUUCUUCUUUUUAAAAAAAAGCUGGACUUUGCCUCUUGAGAGCUGCAGCCUAACCGCCUCUGCUGAACUAAAAGCGCCCAUUGACGCCGCUGGGGAGGGAUAAAUAAACUCGCUGGAGGUUUUAUCUGCUUUCACUGGACGAGGUGAGAGAAAAGUUUCGUGUUUUGGAGGCUGAGGAGGAUUUUUUUCCGAACCCGUGUGGAAAAAAAAUGGAUGCGGGUAUAGAGAAGGAAUGCAGCGCCUUGGGAGGGCUUUUCCAGCUCAUCAUGAACGACAUGAAGGCCAGUUAUCCCACCUGGGAGGACUUCGUAUCCAAAGGAGCCAAACUUCAGUCCCAGCUCAGAACGACCAUCGUGGUGACUGGAGCUUUCCUGGAUGCUUUCCAGAAAGUUGCAGACAUGGCGACCGGGACCAGAGGGGCCACCAAGGACAUCGGCUCGGCGCUGACCAGGAUGUGCAUGAGACACCGCAGCAUCGAGUCCAAGCUGAAGCUGUUCACCACAGCUCUCUCAGAAGGCCUCAUCACGCCACUGGAGUUAAAAAUGGAGGAGUGGAAGAAGGCGGCGAGUCAGCUGGACAAGGACCACGCCAAAGAAUACAAGAAGGCAAGAGCCGACAUCAAGAAGAAAUCAUCGGACACCAUCAAACUGCAGAAGAAGGUGAAGAAAGGGAAGGACGAAGCCCGCGGCCAGCUGGACUGCGCCCUGCAGGAUGUCAACGUGCGCUACGCCGUCCUGGAGGAGACGGAGAAGCGGGCCGUGUGCAAGGCGCUGAUCGAAGAAAGAGCUCGCUACUGCAGCUUCGUCAGCAUGCUGAAGCCCGUGCUGGACCAUGAGAUCAACAUGCUGGGCGAGGUGACCCACCUGCAGACCAUCCUGGAGGAUCUGACCAACCUGACGGCCGAGCCCAAUAAACUCCCCCCGGCUAGUGAACAGGUGAUUUUGGAUCUGAAAGGUUCAGACUUUAACUAUACCUAUCAGACCCCCCCAGCUUCUCCCGGCAACAGGUCCAGGAGGAGCAGCAUCAGCAGCUAUCAGUCUGGAUCAGUGAGGCACGUUCCCUCCCUGGACUCCAUCAACUGUGCCGUGGAUGGAGUUCACCUGCAGCCCUCCUCUCCUUACCUGCUGUACGGCUGUGAGGAAAGUGGGCGGUCCCUCAGCGAAGGGAGCUCCCCCUCGCGCCUCAGUCGCCACGCCAGCCGUGGUCGCCGCGGUCCCGCCGCAGACUGCGGGCGCCACGCCGCUCAGAGUCGCCGGGUUAGCCGCAGGGAUAUGACCACCGAUGCCGUUGGCUCCACCAAUCCGCCGGCGUCCGGAGGCAGCGGCGGGCCGGAGAACGGCCUGUUGGGCCCCCCGCAAAUCUACGGCCACCACGGGGAACGAGCGCGAGCCAUGUCUGCGUCUGGGAAGUCCUGCUCGGCCCGGGACCAGCUGGUGCUGACGCUGGGUGCGUUGAAUUCGGACGCCCCGAGGAGCAGCAGGGACUCUCUGCACUGUUCGAGCGGCUACAGCACCCAGACCACCACGCCGUCCUGCUCAGAGGACACCAUCCACACCCACACUCUGAGGAGAGAUCCUCCUCCCUACGCCGACUACGAGUCCAUCUCCCUCCACGGAGACGCGGACUCCAUCUCCUUCCACCAGCUGUCCCACGGCGACAGCCAGUCCGACUUUGACAAGUCCUCCACCAUGCCCAGGAACUCGGACCUCAGGUUCCAGUACCGGGAGUUCGCCCAGUCCCGGCGCCCCACCUCCACCGUCAGCCUGCUGGCCGAAGGCGAGCUGAGCAGCGGCUCCGGUCGCCUCUCCUCCCACACGGCCACCAUCAGACGCAAGCCCUCGCCCAGCGUGCCGUACCGCCGCGGCACCAUCAGCGGAGGCAUCCCCAUUCCCAUCAGCACCCCGCAGGUUCCCCCCAAAGGAGCCGGAGGCGGCGGCGGCAGCAACGACGACAACGUCUUCAAGGUUCCCCCGGCCGGAGGUUUGGCUCACAGCAAACUCAGCACCUCCACGCAGAGCCUGAGCUCCUUACCCUCCUCCUCCUCCCCGUACUACCAGUUCAUCCCAGGACAGAUGCCCAUCCCCGUGCCCGUUCCCACCGUCCCUCCUCUGCCACCAGAGGGCGGCAGCGUCAAGCAGCAGCAACAGAGACAGCACCUGCAACACCUGCAACAGCUGCAGCAAAUCAACCAGCAGCAACAGCUGCAGCAAAUCAACCAGCAGCAACAGCUGCAGCAACAGCAACAAUCUCAGCUGCAGCAAUCUCAGCCGCAGCAAUCUCAGCAGCCGCAGCAAUACUUGCCGCAGCAAUCCCAGCUGCAGCAGCAAUCUCUGCCACAGCAAUCUCAGCUGCAGCAAUCUCAGCUGCAGCAAUCUCAGUUGCAACUUCUCAACAUCCAACAGCAACAACUUGUGCAGCAACAGCUCCAGCAGCAGCUCCACGGUCAGCAGCAACGCCUCGAGCCCCCCAAGCAGCCGCACCUCCAGCCCCAGCGGGACCAGAUCGGACCGCGGGCUGCAGACCAGCACCAGGACCGGCCCGCCGGCCCGGAUCAGAACCCCGAGCCGCCGGCCCAGCAGGGCGAGGCGGACAUGCUGACGCUCAUCAGGAAGGUCACGCUGAAACGGACCGUCACCAACGACCGCUCCGCCCCCCUCCUGCCGCCGCCGCCCCCCCCGGUUAAUCACAACUGACCUCCGGUGGAGAGACGUUCACGGACCGCGGCGCCGGAGGAGUCCGGUACCGAGCGCAGACACAAACAUCCUGAACCGCUCCUGAAGCUCUGAGGCGUCUGCUUCCUCAUGUGACUGUUUACUUGUUGCGUCUCUCAGUCUUCUACAAACGGGUCAUGUGACCCGGGUCAUGUGACCCAGGUCAGGUGACCAGGAGGGUGGGGCUUAAAGACCGGCUCCUCUGCGUUGAUCCGUGGUGGGAAGCUGGGCUUUGGAUCCGUUAAUUCGGUACCGGAUCAUCCCGGAAAGGUGAACUCUGAGCCCCAGAGCCGGGCGGUUCCUCCGGAGGCUGAACCGGACCGGGCGGUUCUGAGUUCUGCUGUGAGCAUAGCCGGCUGUGACGAGCAGCUUCAGCAGACGAAGCAAAGAUAAUCACCAGAAAGCCGUUCCUCCUUUCGCCAAAGUUUAGUUUAGGUUCUGCUUUUUUUCCCCUUCAUUUUUAAAACAAUCGUGAAAAAUCUUCUCUUAACGGCUAAAAUCAGAUUAAGUUUAAAAAUCUCUGCUGAACUCAAACCUGACGUAGUGGCAGAACCGGGUUCAGGUCCAUAUGGAGGUCUAAAGGCCUCGGUACCGGCGGUGACGAGCUUAACUUACUCUGAUCAUGUUUAUCUGUUCUGGGUGUGAACGAACAGAUCUCGGCUGAUUUAUUCAUCCAGAACAUCAUGAUGUUCAUGUCGUCAGGACGUACCUUUAAAUUAAAGGAUGUAUCCGCAGCGUUGGUUGGGUCGGGCUGAAAUAGCUGGUUCUGUUUUAGCUCUCGGUCCAGUUUGAUAAAACAACAGAU